UCAUCAAGCUCAGAUGAUUCGCAGCACCAGUGCACACCUGGCUGUCCGCUACACACAUGGGCUGACCCCUACACACACACCCACACACAGACACACACAUACACACACACGCACACACACCCACACACGCUCAUGCAUACUCACAAACACUGCGUCAUGCGUCCUGAGAGCGACAGCGGGAACUCCGAUGGACACCAUAAAACGCACGGCAGCGGCAGCAGCUGUGUAAGCAGCUGACUGCCUUCUCCCUAUCUUUUAAACUUGCACAUCGCCAGCUGCUGUAGAAAAGUUGCGCUCUGAGUGCGAAGACAUGGAUUUUCUAACGAGCAGCAAUGACAGCAACGCCACCGGCGGUUACCCAGAAGGGAUGGACGUGGUUGCAGACUGGAUCGGAGGAAACAACGCAACGGGUUCUGGGUUUCCGCCCGAUCUUGUACUGGCUUAUCAGAUAAUCACCUCUUUGCUCCUGGGGGCCCUCAUCCUCUGCUCAAUAUUUGGCAACGCGUGCGUCGUGGCAGCCAUCGCCCUGGAGAGAUCUCUCCAGAAUGUGGCAAACUACCUGAUUGGAUCUUUGGCCGUAACAGACCUCAUGGUGUCGGUGUUGGUCCUACCUAUGGCAGCCCUCUACCAGGUUCUAAAUAAAUGGACUUUGGGGCAGGAGAUCUGUGACUUAUUCAUCUCCUUGGAUGUGUUGUGCUGCACAUCUUCCAUCCUGCAUCUGUGCGCAAUCGCCUUGGACAGGUACUGGGCCAUAACAGACCCUAUUGAUUAUGUAAAUAAACGAACACCCAAACGAGCUGCGCUCCUGAUUUCCGCAACUUGGCUGAUCGGCUUCUCCAUCUCCAUCCCGCCUAUGUUAGGAUGGAGGAGCGCCGAGGACAGAGCGAACCCAGACGCAUGCAUGAUCAGCCAGGACCCGGGCUACACAAUCUAUUCCACCUUCGGGGCUUUUUACAUUCCCCUCAUCCUCAUGUUGGUCUUGUACGGCCGAAUAUUCAAGGCCGCUCGGUUUCGGAUUCGAAAGACGGUGAAGAAACCCGAAACUGCGAAAGUUUCAGACAAGUGUUUGGCCGUAUCUCCGGCAAUCUUCCACAAGAAAAGCAACGGAGAGACGCGCGGCAAAGGCUGGAGGCGCUGUCACGAGUCCAAAUCAAGCUCUCCGUGCGUAAACGGCGCGGUGAAGCACGGAGACGAGGGCGAGUCGCUAGAGAUUAUAGAAGUUAUUAGUAACUCCAAGACGCACCUGCCUCUGCCCAACACCCCUCAGUCAUCCUCUCACGGAUAUGAGAACAUGAACGAGAGGAACUCGGGAGCAAAGAGGAAGCUUGCGCUCUCCAGGGAGCGCAAAACUGUGAAGACGCUGGGGAUCAUCAUGGGGACGUUCAUUGUGUGCUGGCUGCCGUUUUUCAUCGUGGCACUGGUCCUGCCUUUCUGCGCGGAAAGUUGCUACAUGCCCGACUGGCUGGGCGCCGUUAUUAACUGGCUAGGCUACUCGAACUCCCUCCUGAACCCUAUUAUAUAUGCCUAUUUUAACAAAGACUUCCAAAAUGCAUUCAAGAAGAUCAUAAAGUGCAAAUUCCACAGACCAUGAGCACAUAGAUGUGUUUUUACUUCUGCAAAAUGUGUUGCAGCAGAAAGACAAAUGUCCACAAACUGUGCAGAGCAGCAAAAAGAAGAAGGAAAAAAAGGGUGACAAAAAAAACAGACUUUUAAAUCAGGGACAGAAUGUUUUAGGAUGAUUGUGUAUAAAUACAGCAGACAACAGGCCUGAGAUAUUCCUUCUCAAUGUACAAGCUCAUGUUUCUUCAGUGUUGUAGCUAUGUAGCCCCCACAUGAGACGACAACCAUUGUUGUAAUGUCACGCAGGACAUGUCUUGUGCUGAUUCCAUGCAUUUUUAUCAUGAGGCACAAGGGGCUUCCAUCCCCAUGCAACAAGCUUUGUAGCACUGAGAGCAAAUAAAAGCAAUCAGUUUGUCAUUAAGAAUUCCUGAGUCCAUUUUGUGUCCAGUGGCACCACUGAGGGUGGAAGUGGGGUGGGAGCAAAAGAGCUGCAACCUCUACAAAUUGGCUAAAACAUCCCUCACCAAACAAUUACUUGUGCAGAAUGUUAUUUAUUCAUGUGAAUUUAAAACAGAGAAUAACUAUUUGCUAAAAAAUGAUUUACUUUUACUUUAUUCAGGGUUUAUGUCAAUUUUUCUUUUGCAAAAAGAGUGCAGCUUUUAGGCAUUACAUUGGUCUUUUAAACUAACCCUUGGCCAUGGGUUUUAGCUUUUGGAUGAGCCACUCCAGGGUUAUCAGCGGUCGUCAUGUUGCCACCCCUUUCUCAACUUUCUGAAAGUGUGCCUGCUGUUAUGUUCAUGAAAUAAGGUGCAAAACACCAGGGUUUCUGCUGAUCUGCAACAUGGUGCAUCUUUUCCAAAGAGGAGGUUGUAAGAAAUUAAUAUUGUGCAGGGUUCAGGGCUGACCAGCGCCACAUGCAGACCAAACCAGGCACCCCUAGGCCAGCAGGGAGCCCACAAGAUCAUUUCAUUUCUCACACGGUCUACAUAUCGACAGUCUAAUAUGGACUGAAAAGCCACUCAGUGAGGAAGAAUCCAUUAUCCGAAAAGCAAAAUAAAACGCAAUAAUAUGGUUUGUAAAAGACCAUAAUUUCUGGAAGACACGUCUUGUGGCCUAAUUAAACUAAAACUUAACUGUAUGGCCAUAUAGAUCAUUGUUACAUUUGAAGUAAAAAGGGGGAAGCUUGGACGUCUGAGAACACCACCCCAAAAAUUUGGCAUGGGGGUGCCAACCUCACAUGUGGCUGUUCGCUGCAGAAAUAUUAAAGCAAUAAAUAUCUCAAGGCAUCAGCCAGGAAGUUAAAGCCCGGGAAAAAAAGGGGUGUUACAAAUGGACAAAUUUUAGUUACAAAGUGGCUGAAAGUAGACAAAAACAAUGAUUUGGUGUGCAGAGCUCAAUAGAUUUGUAUGAGCUAGGAGACUCUCAUCUGAGUCAUAUACACCGGCUCUGUUAGGAGGAAUGGCUACUCAGAAAAACAAAUACUAAUAUGUAAACUUCUAACUUUGAAGAAGGUUAAACAUGUCUCAAACUGUCUCUCCCAUUAUUCUGAAAUUUAGCAAAUGGAAAUGACUUGAGUUGUUCUGAGUCACCUAACACGAGACAAGUUCAGUCUGAUUUAAUGUCAGCUCAUGAGAAACAAGGAAGUCUUUUUAUACAAUGUGCGAUAUAAUCAGUUUUCUAUUGCAUGUCCUAAACAUUUGCAUGUUCUUUCCAGCUGCUUAUUAUUCCUACCUCCAAGAGUCUUUCACAUUCAUCCAAAAUAGUUUAGAGAAAGCAAAGUAAAAAUCCCUUGGGUAACUCUUCAAAUGUGUAUCUUUUUUACCCUUGAAACAUUUUAAGAUUUUGCAGAAAUUGACUAAAUACUCCAAUGCACCAUGCAGUGCAAAUCAUAACAGACGAGCUUCCCACUGUAACUCCUGUCAUCUCUUACAUAAACCCUAUACACAAAUCCACUUACACAAGAUGAAAAGAUAAGGGACUGUCGCAGGAAAAGGAAAAAAAAAAACCUUCAGGAAGAAGUCCCAGUGACUCGCGCAUGUUGUAAAAGAUGGGUGGCUGUUUCACCUGUUGUUGUGGCAACACAUCAAGGCAGGGCUUGUAGUGGAUCUGUUGGCGUGGAGUGAUGGACGGGCUGCAUGUUCAGGGCAGAAAGGAACAUGACAAACAGCACAUAGUGAAGAUGUGGAGGUAGAAAAAAUAUAUAUCUUAAAUGAGUCUUAUUGAUUAAUUCAUAAAUUAAUUAAUUCAUUUUCACAUAGGCUUGAUGUAGCUAAUUUUAAAGAGAAUAAUGGCACAUUUGAAACAUCCUCUUUCAAUUUCACCCUUAAAGGAUGCAAUUAUACAAUGAUUUAUUCAGAACAUUUUGCUCUCAAUUGAAGUUGCAAGCAGUUGGUAUUGGCAAAUGUACUCACUGGUAUUAAUUGGUCUAAGAUUAACCAUGGUGCAAAAAGAAUAUGCUACUGGUGCAUUAAUCAAUGGUUCUUGUGCUGACUGUAUUUAGUUGCAGUCAUACUAAAUGAUUCAUUGUCACAUUCAUCACCACAUAGGACAGAAAAUGUA